ACCGCGGUGAACCUGAUCCACUUUUUCUUUCUUCUUUUGUAGUUUUGUCAGCCUUUGUUUGGGAAAAUACAAACUAAAUUUUCCCGUCAUAUUUUUUUCGAGAAAAUAUGAUGUAAAUAAGUAGAGUGUCUCAUAUUUGAACUCAUAUUCUACAUGUAUAAUGUGAUGUCGCUAAAACUAAACUCAGUGUCUUGUAAUUAGGCAUCUUAUUUAAAUUUUUAUGGUAUACAUGGCUCUCAAUUAUAGGUCUUCAAUCAACAUCUUUCAUCACGAUGAACCUGAUUCAUUUUUUUUUUUCUUUUGUAGUUUUGUUUUGUUAGCCUUUGUUUGAGAAAAUACAAACUAAAUUUUCCCAUCAUAUUUUUCCGAGAAAAUAUGAUUUGAAUAAGUAAAAUGUAUAAGAUUCGAAUUUUUAUUCUACAUGUAUAAUAUGAUGUCGCUAAAGCUAAACUCAAUGUCAUGAGGCAUUCUAUUUUUAAUUUUUAUAGUACCCAUGACUUUCAAUUAUAGGUCCUUCAAUCAAUAUCUUUUACCACGGUGAACCUAUCCACUUUUUCUUUUUUCUUUGUUUGAGAAAAUACAAACGAAAUUUUCCCAUCAUAUUUUCCCAUGAAAAACCCUUUGCUAUAUCUAUCUAACCUUUUGCAACCGCUCUCAUUCACUUCAUUGACGCCGCUAAUGCUUCUCUCCACGAUCCAUUUCUCCUAAUCAGAAAUGGAGCACUGUGAUCUGCAAGGACAAAGAAGGGAUAUGAAAAAUAAGGGUAGAAAUGUUGUGUGGUCAAAAGCAAUGGAUAAGUGUCUAAUUGAAGCUCUGGUUAUUCAAGCAAAAAGUGGAAACAAAAUUGAAAGAUGUUUCAAUGAAAAUGCAUAUACUGCAGCUUGUAUAGCUGUAAAUACAUGUUUCAACUUAAACUUGAAUAAUCAGAAAGUUAUCAACCGUCUGAAGACACUUAAAAAGAGGUAUAGAGUAUUAAAAGAUAUUCUGAGUCAGGAUGGUUUCAGGUGGAAUCCAAAUACAAAGAUGAUUGAGUGUGAUCAUGAUGAGCUUUGGAAGAGAUAUGUUGUGGCACACCCAAAUGCAAAAGGAUUUCGUGGAAAACCAAUAGAGAUGUAUGAACAACUUAAAAUUGUUUGCGGAAAUAAUCAAGCAGCAAGUCGUUGGGCAAAGAAGAUGAAGGAUGGUAAUGGUCAAGUGGUGGACAUAAAGAAUUAUGAUGAGUCAGCCUCCUUUGCAUCUCGUAGUUCAGAAAACAUCAGUGAUACAGAUGGAACUGAGUCAUACAAUGGGCCUCCAGAGUAUGGCCAGAUUCCUGAUGGCUAUGAUGAGCCUCCAGUGGUCCCACCUCUAAGGCAACCUCUAAAACGAUCUCGUAGCUCAGAUGAACUUCAGGAUGCAUUGAUGACAGUGGCAUCAAGCAUCCAACGAUUGGCUGAUUCGAUCGAGCAAAGCAAAUGUUCAGUUGAUACUUCAGAACUAUUACAGGCUGUGAUGGAGAUAGAUGGGUUGGAAGAGAGUAAACAGAUGUAUGCAUUUGAAUAUUUCAAUGCUGAUCCUAUCAAAGCGAGAGCCUUCUUGACUUACAAUACUAGGAUGCGAAAGAUAUAUCUGUUUAGACAGUUCUGAAAGAUAUAUCUGUUUAGACAGUUCUGGUGGUGGAGUUGACGGUGUUGGCGACCAAGUGUAUUGAACAUUUUGGUGUAUCGAAUAUCUUGGGACCCUGUUGAAAGGGUGUUCUCAGUUUAUUUCAAUACUUACUGAUUAUGUUUUAAGGAUAAUGUAUAUAGAUUCCAAAGAUAGAUAGAAAAUAGUCACUUGACAGGGAUUGGUGGAGAAUCUUGAGUCUCUAGUUACAAGUAAAUUUCUUGAAUUUUAUAUUCAACUUAAGUUGUA